CCGGUGCCGGUGUCGGCGGGAGCGCUGCCGGACCGCGCGGGCGGCAGGCAGCAGCAUGAACCUGAAGAAGUACCUGGUGCGGGCGCUGCAUCGCCUGCAGAAGGGCCCUGGUUACACCUACAAGGAGCUGCUGGUCUGGUACUGCGACAACACCAACACCCACGGCCCCAAGCGCAUCAUCAAGGAGGGGCCAAAGAAGAAAUUAAUCUGGUUCUUCCUAACGCUGCUCUUUGCGUCCCUGGUGUUCUGGCAGUGGGGGAUCCUCAUCAACACCUACCUCUCCUACAAUGUCACCUCGACUCUCUCCAUUGGCUUUAAGACCAUGAAGUUCCCUGCAGUCACCAUCUGCAAUGCCAACCCCUUCAAGUACUCAGAGGUGAAGCCCCUGCUGAAGGAGCUGGACAGGCUCAUUGAGGCGGCGCUGGAGAGGAUCCUGCAGCCAGGGAACAGCAGCGACAACGGGUCCGUGCCACUCAACCUGGAGCUCUGGAACCAGAUCCCCCUGGUCCUCAUCGACGAGCACGACAAAGACAAUCCCAUCAUCCUGGACAUCUUCGAGACCAACCAGACUGCUGCAGCCAACGAAACUGCCAUGGACAACAGAACCAGUGUGAGCAGCGACACUGCUGAGGGCCACCAGCUCUUUGGGGGCAACGAAACCAUGGACAAUGAAACCAAUGAGGGGAACCAAACCACUGCUGCACCUGUCCCAAGCAACACCACGUCAGAAGAGAAGAAGUACAAGCUGGCAGUGAAGCUGUGCAGCCAGCAGGGCUCUGACAACUGCACCUACCGGAACUUCAGCAGCGCGGCGCAGGCGGUCACCGAGUGGUACAUCCUGCAGUCCACCUCCAUCCUCUCCAGGGUCCCGCUGCACGAGAAGAUCAGGAUGGGCUACCAGGCAGAGGACAUGAUCCUGGCCUGUCUCUACGGGGCCGAGCCCUGCAACUACAAGAAUUUCACCCAAAUCUACCACCCAGACCAUGGUAACUGCUACAUCUUUAACUGGGGCAUGGAUGAAGAGGCUCUGAACUCUUCCAACCCUGGGGCUGAGUUCGGGCUGAAGCUGAUUCUGGACAUCAGCCAGCAGGACUACAUUCCCUACCUGUCCUCUGCCGCUGGGGCCAGGCUCAUGCUGCACCAGCAGAAGAGCUUCCCCUUCCUCAAGGAUCAGGGCAUCUACGCCAUGGCUGGGACAGAAACCUCCAUUGGAGUGCUGGUGGAUGAGCUGGAGCGGAUGGGUUAUCCCUACAGCGACUGCACCGUGAACGGCUCCGACGUCCCCGUCCAAAACCUCUACAGCCAGUACAACACCUCCUACUCCAUACAGGCCUGCCUGCGCUCCUGCUUCCAAACCCACAUGGUGGAGAUCUGUGGCUGUGGGCACUACAUGUUCCCUUUACCUGAGGGGGUGAAUUACUGCAAUAAUGAGGAUAACCCGGGCUGGGCAUAUUGCUAUUCCUCUCUGAGAUCCAGCAUAAAACAGCGUCAGAUCUGCAUUGACUCCUGCAAAGAAACAUGCAAUGACACGCAGUACAAAAUGACCAUCUCCAUGGCGGACUGGCCUUCAGAAGCCUCUGAGGACUGGAUUUUCCAUAUUCUGUCUUAUGAAAGGGAUAUGUCAACAAAUGUGACUCUGGACAGGAAUGGGAUCAUCAAGCUGAACAUUUACUUCCAGGAGUACAACUACCGCACCAUCUCGGAGUCAGCUGCCACCACGAUCGUUUGGCUGCUGUCGAGCCUGGGAGGACAGUUUGGGUUCUGGAUGGGGGGCUCGGUGCUGUGCCUCAUUGAGUUUGGGGAGAUCAUCAUCGACUCGCUCUGGAUCACCGUCAUCAACGUGAUCGGCUGGUGCAAGGGCCUGAAGCAGAGACGGGCACGGGCGCGGUACCCGGACGUGCCCCCGACGGUGUCGGAGCUGGUGGAGGCUCACACCAACCUGGGCUUCCAGCACGAGGCCGUGGGGGCCGAGCCCGGGGCCCCGGCGCUGCCCCCCGAGCCCGGCACGCCCCCGCCCAACUACGACUCCCUGCGCGUGCAGCCCCUGGACACGCUGAGCCCCGACACGGACCCCGAGUGACCGCAGGGUCUGCCAGGGCUGACACGGAC